GUGAGACACAAGGUCAGUGGUCACAAGCGUGUCCUGUUCGUGCUGUGCGGCAGACACACUUUCUAACACAAAUCAAGUUAAAGAAACCCGAGAGUAAACGUGAAGAAGAUGGCGAGAGGAAGCCGCAGCCGCUCUUCAGCUCCUGCCAGCCCAGCUCCAUCCCAUGCUCCAGUCCCAGCACAUCCACCUCCAGCAUCCCUGGCGCCGACUCCAGCUCCAUCACAGGGGCCUGGCCUCAUGGCCCAGAUGGCUACCACAGCUGCCGGUGUGGCAGUAGGUUCUGCUGUGGGUCAUGUGGUUGGGGGUGCCCUCACUGGAGCUUUUAGUGGAAGCAGCAGCUCCGAACCAGCCAAACCUGUGUACCAGGAACCUCCACGUCCUGCAGCAGCCCAACCAGGUCCCUGCCACUUCGAGGUCAAACAGUUCCUGGACUGUGCCACCAACCAGAAUGACUUGAGUCUAUGUGAAGGCUUCAGUGAGGCUCUUAAACAGUGCAAGUAUUCCCAUGGGUUGUCAUCCCUGGUAUGAAAGGUCAUCAUCUUGACGAGAUGCGACACACCACUAGUCAAUAAAGCAGCAUAUUGCUAAAUACAGAAUGUGAAAUUAAUUGACAUUUUUGUUGAUCUGCUAAAUAUAGCAUAAUAAAAGAUAAAAGUACGACAUGUGUGUGAUCUCAUUUGGUUAAAAGUCUUCACAAAAGCAGAUCCAUGAAGUUGCCUUAUAUGUGUGUAGACAGUUUCAAUAAUUUGAUUCACACACAGGGAGAACAUGCAAACAUGCAGAAAGGUGGUCUGGCUCGGCCAUCAAUGUAAUUUGAUUCUCCAUUUGUUACAUUUUUAAAUAUUUCAGGUUAUUAGCCAAUUCCAAGCCAAGCUUGGUACUGGGAAAUUACCAGUUUUGCCCUCCAUUGUGUCACCCAAUGUAGGAUUUCCAAGUCAGAAAGUGGUAAAAUAAUCACUACUCUGAGUACGCUAUACAAGAUGGCCUCCCCAAACCUAAGGAAGUUGAAGCUUUGAAACAAUGAAACACAUCAUAAGAAACAAACACAUUCCACAAAACUGUGUUUCUUCUUCAUCCUGCGGGUUGUAUCUGGACGAGGCACACGUGAGAUUAGUUUCCAUGGACAUUACCAUCUUCAUUUCCACAAUCUAUAAUUGGAAUGCAAUGAACUGAGUUAAGACAUCAUUCCCAGGUCCAACUUCGCACUUCCGAUGUGGGGAUUGCAGCACUAGUGUUGUGCUACUGCAGUCAUGUAGGAACAUGGGGAAAAAUCAUCUCUCCACUUUAACAAUAACAAAGGGCAAUAACAACAAACGUUUCGCUUGUGCACAAAGGAUGCUAAAAUACACAACUCGACAUGGGCAUGCACUUGUGCCGGUGUCGGUUAAAAACAAUAACUCAUGGACACAUUAAAUGUAUUUCAAC